AUGGGGCCGCUGAUCGAGGUCGCAGCCGGGCGGGGCGCUGCAGCGGGGUUCCGCAGCAAGGACAUCUGGGUGUUGGCGUCUUGCGCUCUGGAGGCAUUGGAGCGCAGCAUGUGGGUGGUCUUCGCUGCAGCCGAGGUCGCCUACAUGGCCAGCGGGCCAGCUGCUGGCGCAGGCGUGGAAGAGCGCGAGCCGCUGGCGCUCUUUCUGCACCCCGGGUCAGCGGCGACGCUCACCGCCAUGCUGCGAGGCGCCCUCGAGGCCGCCACCCGCAGCGGCGACCGCGACGGCAACAGCGGCGUCGCCGUCUCUGAGGCCGCCGGGCUGCUGUUUGCGGCCGCCAUGGCGCCCCCAGGUCAAGAGCGCACCCAGUGGUGCCGCGAGGCGGUCGCGGCGGAGCUGCCCUCGCUGCUGCUACGCGCGGCCGUGCAGCUCUCCACCCAACUGGACGACCCCGCUGCCGCGGCCAGGGCCGCGAGCGCCGCGUGCGUGAUGGCGUACGCGGCCGACAACGAGUGUUUGGCUGUUGAUACGCAGGACGAAAGGCGUGAAUGGGCGCCAGGCGGCGAGCCCCUGUCAGGAACGAGGGCCGCGGCGCUGUCAGCGCUGGUGGCGUGCGCCGGCAGCAGCUGCUCAGAGGCAGCAAUGCAAGCGGCGGCCGGCGCCCUGCACACCUGCCAAGAAUCCAGCGGCUGCGCGGCCGACCUGGCCGCGCAUCCCGGGGCCGCGACCGCCCUCGUGGGCGCACUCCUGCGCUGCGCGGCUGCGGCGCGGGCGGCCGGCCUCGGGGGCAGUUACGGCAGCAUGCGCAUGGCGGGUGGCACGGGGGCGGCCGGGCUGCUGCUGUCAAUGGUGGCCGCGGCCGCCUGCGAGGACGACGCUGAGGCCACCGCUGCAGCAAAGCGCCAGAGCCGGUGCGUGGACGCGACCGUUGGGGGCAACGAAAACGACAACAUUGAAGAGUCGCAUGCGGCGGCCGAGGCCGCGCUGCUGCGGCUGGUUGCAGCCGGGGGUCAAGGUGGUCUGCUGGCGGCGGACGCGGAAGCUGCCCUGGGCUUCCUGCGGCGCCGCGAGGCGCCGCCGCCGCUGGCGGGGCCGGGGGCCCUGGUGUUGACUGACGGCCGGCGCUGCCUGGCGUGCGGCAAGGGGCGUGGCGGCGGGGUGACGCUCAGGCGCUGCAGCGGCUGCAUGGCGGAGGGCGUGUAUUAUUGCUCUGUGGAGUGGUGA